AUGAUGAGUGCAUCGAGUAUCUUUCACCUAAGUGAAUCCAAAGUGAGUGUGACAAAGGCUGCUGAAGAUUCUGCUUCUUGGUUGCACCCAGAAAGAGGCAUCAUCGCCCAGGUCGAAGUGCUCUUCAUGCUAUCGGUUCUGCUGCACGCGGUCCAGGUCGUCUUUGGCUGGUGGCGGCGCCGCUCUAGCAACACGUACAUCAGGCACUCGCUCUGGCUGGCGUACACCAUCAACCCCCCUCUGCUGAUCUACACUCUGGGCCUCGCUCGGUCCUCGCCUUCCGUCGCUGGGAGCGAGCUGCUUCGAGCGUGUGCUUUCCCCUUUGUCAUGGCUCUAGCUGGGACGAACUCCAUGACGGCCUACAGAGUCGAUGACAACAAGCAGAACACGAGGCGCUCUGUUCAGCAGCUCCUGUGCGUGCUCAGCCUCGUUGCCAUGUGGAAGAUUGAUGAUGUAUCAAAGCUUACCGAUUUCAGGUCUAUUACAGCGCUCAUCUAUUCCAUUGUGGUUUAUUUCUUACUUGCUUUGAUGAUCUCAAUGAAUGGGGGGAGAAUUUAUGCAAGUAUGGCUGCUAGCAGUUCCCUGGACAAAGAAAGCAGAGAUGUUCAGGUUCACAUGAAGAGUGGGCACAUGGAAUCCACCAACUACAAUCCUGUUACCUUGGCAGGUUACGGAUACCUUGUCUGUGAUAAGAUUGAUGAUUCCUCUACAACUGUUCAUCAUAUAGAGAUUACGGUUGACAGGAUCUGGUCUUGUGAUGGAGGCCCAUUAGGCACAAGUGAUGGCAAACAGCUGAAGGAGGUGUGCUUUUCCUUUGCCUUGUUUCGGCUGAUGAGGCGUCGUUUCUUUGGCCUCUCUUGUCCUGAAUCAAAGCUUCAGAAAACACGUGACCUUGUCCUCAAAGGAUUGCUUUUGGAUUGUGAAGCUGCAUAUAGGGUGAUUGAGGCAGAGCUGGCCUUUGCACAUGACCACUUCUUCACCGGUGCUGCUUCUGGCAACACUGAACUUGGUAAGUAUAACAUCCUACUGGGUACUGCUAAAGCUGUUAUAUACCCCCUCACAAUACUAGCUACUGUUAAAGAUUUCAUCCACAGAAAAAGCAAAAGCUACAACUCAACCGGGAUGGUCAUUGCUGCAGCCCUAAUCAUGCUACUGCUUUUGUCACUAGAGCUGCUACAGCUUUAUCUUUACUUAUCAUCUGAUUGGGCUAAGGUACAGCUUGUUCGUCGGUCUAUCUCUGGGAAAGACAUCCCAUUCGGAUUCAGUAGGUUUUACAGUAAGCUUACCCGGUUAUUGGGAUACUGGCAAAGUAAGAUUGGCCAGCACGCAUUACUACAGGAUUUACAUGGUCGAUCAGGCAUUUACGACACUAUAGGAUCCAUGUCUGGGCUUUUCUUUGGUGAGAAUCUUGGACACUGUACAGUAUCCCCAAGAUCUACUGAUCUUCCCAGGCCAAAAUAUAUUUUGUUGUCCAGGGAUGUGAAGUUAGCAAUUGCUUGGACUCUCAAAGGUAGCGAUGGCAACCGAACGAAUGGCACAUUCUCAUUGCGACACAACGCACAGCAUGGGCUUCUAUGGGCAUGCCAGCAAGAGUACCACACCAGCACCAUGUUGAUUUGGAAUGCUGCUUCUUCUUGUGGAAGGGAAGACCAAGAUGCUGUCUCAGUUCCCAACCGUAACAUUGCCAUUACACUAUCAAAAUAUUGUGCGUAUCUGAUGGCAUUUGUCCCAUAUUUACUUUCUGAUGACGAAUUAGACACCAGGAUCAUAUUUGAGGUGGCGAGAUGCGAUGCCCAAAAUAUGUUUCCAAAACAUAUGGCUUUGCCUGAACUAUACAGAAUGAUGAGAACUUGUAGCGUGCAACCGUCAGAUGAGCCGAUUCUGACCAAUGGGUUCCUUCUUGGACGGCAACUUGAGGAGAUAGGAGAUGGCAUGCACUGGAAGAUACUAGUAGAUUUCUGGACUGAGAUGAUGCUGUACAUAGCUCCAUAA